UCUUUGUGCUUAUGCGGUGCAUAAUGUUAUUUCUGUACUGCCGUAUUUCAACAGCACCGAAUAUGAUGUUUUUCGUGAUGAUUUCGAUGGACCCGCGCUGAACUUGUCCAAAUGGACACCAACCAACCAGAAGAGCCAAGUCAAUCAGGAACUGCAAUACUACAUCCCGGAGAAUGUUGCUGUCAACAACGGAUUCCUGGAAAUUAUGACGAAGCAGAAACUAAUGGAACGCGGAAACACGACUACCGCCAAUUACACAUCCGGCCGCGUGGAUACGGGAAAAGCGUUCAACUUCUUAUAUGGAGAGAUUGAGUGGCGCGCCAAGGUCCCGAAAGGAAAAGGUGUAUGGACAGCAUUGUGGCUGAGUCACUUUGAGUGCCCAGCGGCCACCGUGUGCAGUCACUGGCCACCGGCAGUCAGUGUGAUCGAUGCGCGCGGUGACCAAACAUACAAUAUCUACACCUCGGAUUACUACACCCUAAAGAAUGACCAAGGUCAACCAACAACACAAUCUGCCAGUAACACUUACUCGAGCCCGAUGGAUAUUACGGAAGAUUAUCACUUGUACAAAUUACUGUGGACCAAAGAGAAAAUGGUUUGGUACUUCGACAAUCAAGAGAUCUUCUCCGUUUCCGAGAGAGCUCAGAUUCCCACCGAUAAGAUGCAGAUUGUGAUGAAUGUGGCGGUGGGUGGGAUGUUUCCGGGACCACCGGCUGACACCACAAUAUUCCCUACGCGCUUUUUUAUUGACUGGGUCGUUGUACGGCAAACUCCCAGUAUGAUUGCUACCGAAGGGUCCGUGAAAAAUGAUAAUUCACGAACAAUUUUAGCGGCGGUUUUGGGAACUCUACUACCACUAGCCGCAGUAAUAAUUGCUGUUGUAUUGUGUAUCUACUGGCGGCGACGACAGUGGCGGCACGGUGAUAUGCGCAAGGAAUCCAUUAUCACGUUGACCGAUUCGCUGUCCAGUUCGGCAUACCGGAUAUAUAUGCUAACUGGGGAUGAUACAGCUAACUCCGCUAUGCAGCAUUACGUUAGUUUGCUGGAGAUCCCCUCAGCUGAUCUACAGAUUAGUAACUUCGUUUUGGGGAACGGUGAAUAUGGAGUCGUUCGAAAAGGUUUAGCCAGAGGAUUGCGCGGGCAACCGCGCCCGACCGUUGUCGCCGUGAAAAGUGUCAAAAAUGACAAGGAUGUUGACCAGAUAAAGCAGCUCUUCGAAGAGAUGAAAGUGAUGAUCAAAGCCGGCAGACAUCUGAACAUUGUCAAUCUUUUGGGCGCCAUCAUAAAAGGAGAUGUACUGCUCUUAUUGGAGUUUUGCACACAUGGCUCAUUGUUAAAAUAUGUCAAGCAGCACCGUGGAGUUUAUUUUUAUAACCAUGUUGAUUCAGCUGGGCGGCUGCUGGAAUGGAGCAGUAUUGAGGCGAAAAAACUGCAAGAAAACAUCGAAAAGGCCGGGCCUAAGCAAACAUUUCCGGAAGACAAUUUCGACAAUACUUUGCUGGCUACGCGUGAUCUCCUGUCGUUUACCUAUCAAAUUAGCCGUGGCAUGGAGUAUCUGAAUAGCCGGUCCAUAAUACACCGUGAUCUAGCGGCACGAAAUGUCCUGAUAACGGACGGACGAAUUAUAAAAAUUGCUGAUUUUGGAAUGGCCCGGCAACAAGCCGAGUACGUUGUGUAUAAUCAACAGGUUCCGCUACCGGUAAGAUGGAUGCCUCCGGAGUCUAUCAAAGGACGAGUAUUCUCGCAGUAUAGCGAUGUGUGGUCAUUCGGAGUUCUGUUAUGGGAAAUAUUCACUCUGGGAGAAACACCCUAUGCCGAUAGCGGUAUACACGGUUAUGUUGUGGAUUUCCUAAAAACACUAUCCAGCGGCUAUCAGUUGUCUCGUCCACCAUAUUGCCCCGAAGUGAUAUAUGACGUUAUGCGGAAAUGCUGGGAUCUGGUCCCCACGAAUCGUCCAGUCUUCAGUAAAUUGCAGAGAAAUUUACAAGACAUUGUGGGAGAUGAUUCGGCGGAAACAUAUCUGUCCCUGGAUCUCCCUUAUCAGCAAUUUAAUUCUGCCUAUCAGGAAAUAUUCGAUCAAGUAGUGGAAGAUCCUUACAGCGAAUCCGGAGAAUUGUAAUGCAACUUAUGUUGGCGGCAUCAUACCAUCACAGUCAGCGACAUUUUAUCGAUCAUGUUUUUACGUGCAUUUUUCUAGAAGUUGUUUUUUCCUGAAUUCCUAAUUCAAACAAAUGUUUGUUCACUUUUUUGUUGCAUUACCAACUGAUUAGUUUUAUAUACGUAGGAGAAGGAAAACUGUGAUAAUUUAUUUUUAUAGAAAUUAGUUUUUUUAUAGAGAUUAAUUAAUUAUAAAGGCCAGAACUUGUUAAGUAUUAGUCUACUGAGAUGGUUAGGCACAUUAUUGUGUUGUGAAAAGUCGGAUUUAUUCAGCGUGUUGUACUUGUAGCGAAAACAAACGAGUUUUCACACAAAUGAAUGAUGUCACGGACCCUGGUAGAUAUAUCGUAUAG